AUGAUUGCAAAUUCUAAGGAAAGUAUUCAAUAUUUGGAAAUAAGCUUCUUUCACCCACUUCCUUCUCCCCACUUGCUUGUCCUCACUUCCUUGUUCCUACUUGUUUGUCCUCACUUGCUUGUCCUCACUUCAUUUUUCCUACUUGUUUGUCCUCACUUGCUUGUCCUCACUUCCUUGUUCCUUCUUGUUUGUCCUCUCUUCCUUGUUCCUACUUGUUUGUCCUCACUUGCUUGUCCUCACUUCCUUGUUCCUACUUGUUUGUCCUCACUUGCUUGUCCUCACUUCCUUGUUCCUACUUGUUUGUCCUCACUUGCUUGUCCUCACUUCAUUUUUCCUACUUGUUUGUCCUCACUUCCUUGUUCCUUCAUGUUUGUCCUCACUUCCUUGUUCCUACUUGCUUGUCCUCACUUGCUUGUCCUCACUUCCUUGUUCCUACUUGUUUGUCCUCACUUCCUUGUUCCUACUUGUUUGUCCUCACUUGCUUGUCCUCACUUCCUUGUUCCUACUUGUUUGUCCUCACUUGCUUGUCCUCACUUCCUUGUUCUUACUUGUUUGUCCUCACUUGUUUGUCCUCACUUCCUUGUUCCUACUUGUCUGUCCUCACUUGCUUGUCCUCACUUCCUUGUUCCUACUUGUUUGUCCUCACUUGCUUGUCCUCACUUCCUUGUUCCUACUUGUUUGUCCUCACUUGCUUGUCCUCACUUCCUUGUUCCUACUUGUUUGUCCUCACUUGCUUGUCCUCACUUCCUUGUUCCUACUUGUCUGUCCUCACUUGCUUGUCCUCACUUCCUUGUUCCUACUUGUUUGUCCUCACUUGCUUGUCCUCACUUCCUUGUUCCUACUUGUUUGCCCUCACUUGCUUGUCCUCACUUCCUUGUUCCUUCUUGUUUGUCCUCACUUCCUUGUUCCUACUUGUUUGUCCUCUCUUGCUUGUACCCACUUCCUUGUCCUCACUUGCUUGUUCUCACUUCCUUGUUCCUAUUUGCUUGUCCUCUCUUGCUUGUACCCACUUCCUUGUCCCCACUUGCUUGUCCCAACUUGCUUGUCCUGACUUGCUUGUUCCAGCUUGCUUGUCCUGACUUGCUUGUCCUCACUUGCUUGUCCUCACUUGCUUGUCCCGACUUGCUUGUCCCGACUUGCUUGUCCUGA